GGGGGGCCGGAGGCGGGGCCGGAGCGCGUGCGGGGGGCAGGUCUGCAGUGCCGCUUCCCCUGGUACGAGGAGCAGUCGCUGCUGCCGCCUCAGCCCCGUGGCUGGACCCCCUCCCUCACCCAGGGACUCCCUGACCCGGGGAACCCAGCUCAGGUCUCCAGUGGCUUAGAAGAGAAGUAGGCAGCCCUCCCUGAAAUCUCUUGGCUCCUCAGUUUAGCCUGUCCAACCUGGCUUUCCCUUCCCACCCCAUCCCCCUGCUUCCCCUCCCUCUCCCUCACUCCCCCCCAGUGAACUUGGUAUCGAACAAAGCUCUAACCUUCCAUUCCCCUUCGGGACCUCACUGACCAGGCCGUAGUACCUCUUAUUCUGAGCCCAAAGAUACCGGAACACAUUUCAUCUGGGAAAAGGGUCUUGACCUCACAAGUCGUUGAGCUACAGGUUGAAAAAAGAAGCAUCGAGGGAGGUUGAGGUUGAUCCAGCCCCACCAUGGAAGAAAGCUUCCGGGACCGGGCAGCGUUCAUCCGUGGGGCCAAGGACAUUGCCAAGGAAGUCAAGAAGCACGCGGCCAAGAAGGUGGUGAAGGGCCUGGACAGGGUCCAGGAUGAGUAUUCUCGAAGGUCUUACUCCCGGUUCGAGGAGGAAGAUGAUGACGAUGACUUCCCUGCCCCUGCUGAUGGUUAUUACCGCGGAGAAGGGGCGCAGGAUGAGGAGGAGGGUGGCGCCUCUAGUGACGCCACUGAAGGCCACGAUGAAGAUGAUGAGAUCUACGAGGGGGAAUACCAGGGCAUUCCCCGGGCAGAAUCUGGGGGCAAGGGCGAACGGAUGGCAGACGGGGCACCCCUGGCUGGAGUGAGAGGGGGCUUGAGUGAUGGGGAGGGUCCUCCUGGGGGUCGGGGAGAGGCACAGCGGCGGAAAGAUCGGGAAGAAUUGGCUCAGCAGUAUGAAACCAUCCUCCGGGAGUGUGGCCACGGCCGCUUCCAGUGGACACUGUACUUCGUGCUGGGUCUGGCGCUGAUGGCAGAUGGCGUAGAGGUCUUUGUGGUGGGCUUUGUGCUGCCCAGUGCUGAGAAAGAUAUGUGCCUGUCUGACUCCAACAAAGGCAUGCUAGGCCUCAUUGUGUACCUGGGCAUGAUGGUGGGAGCCUUCCUCUGGGGCGGCCUGGCUGACCGGCUGGGUCGGAGACAGUGUCUGCUCAUCUCGCUCUCAGUCAAUAGUGUCUUCGCCUUCUUCUCAUCUUUCGUCCAGGGUUAUGGCACUUUCCUCUUCUGCCGUCUCCUUUCUGGGGUUGGGAUUGGUGGUUCCAUCCCCAUUGUCUUCUCCUAUUUUUCGGAGUUUCUGGCCCAGGAGAAACGUGGGGAGCACUUGAGCUGGCUCUGUAUGUUCUGGAUGAUUGGUGGAGUGUAUGCAGCUGCAAUGGCCUGGGCUAUCAUUCCCCACUAUGGGUGGAGUUUCCAGAUGGGCUCAGCUUACCAGUUCCACAGCUGGAGGGUCUUUGUCCUCGUCUGUGCCUUUCCCUCUGUGUUUGCCAUCGGGGCUCUGACUACGCAGCCAGAGAGUCCCCGCUUCUUCCUAGAGAAUGGGAAGCAUGAUGAAGCCUGGAUGGUGCUGAAGCAGGUUCAUGACACCAACAUGCGAGCCAAGGGUCACCCUGAACGAGUCUUCUCAGUGACCCACAUUAAAACGAUUCAUCAGGAGGAUGAAUUGAUUGAGAUCCAGUCUGACACAGGGACCUGGUAUCAGCGCUGGGGAGUCCGGGCUUUGAGCCUGGGGAGUCAGGUUUGGGGGAAUUUCCUCUCCUGCUUCAGUCCAGAGUAUCGACGCAUCACUCUAAUGAUGAUGGGCGUAUGGUUCACCAUGUCCUUCAGCUACUACGGUCUGACCGUCUGGUUCCCUGACAUGAUCCGCCACCUCCAGGCUGUGGACUAUGCAGCCCGAACCAAAGUGUUCCCGGGGGAGCGCGUAGAGCACGUGACAUUUAACUUCACACUGGAGAAUCAGAUCCACCGAGGGGGGCAGUACUUCAAUGACAAGUUCAUCGGACUCCGUCUGAAGUCAGUGUCCUUCGAGGACUCGCUGUUUGAGGAGUGUUACUUCGAAGACGUCACAUCCAGCAACACAUUCUUCCGGAACUGCACGUUCAUCAACACCGUGUUCUACAACACUGACCUGUUUGAGUACAAGUUUGUGAACAGCCGUCUGGUGAACAGUACGUUCCUGCACAAUAAGGAAGGCUGCCCGCUGGAUGUGACAGGGACGGGGGAAGGUGCCUACAUGGUGUACUUUGUCAGCUUCUUGGGGACACUGGCUGUGCUUCCUGGAAAUAUCGUGUCUGCUCUGCUCAUGGACAAGAUUGGCAGGCUCAGAAUGCUUGCCGGUUCCAGUGUCCUGUCCUGUGUUUCCUGCUUCUUCUUGUCUUUCGGGAACAGCGAGUCAGCCAUGAUCGCCCUGCUCUGCCUUUUUGGGGGGGUCAGCAUUGCAUCCUGGAACGCACUGGACGUGCUGACAGUUGAGCUCUACCCUUCGGACAAGAGGACCACCGCCUUUGGCUUCCUGAAUGCCCUGUGUAAGCUGGCGGCAGUGCUGGGGAUCAGCAUCUUCACGUCCUUUGUGGGCAUCACCAAGGCUGCUCCCAUCCUCUUUGCCUCAGCUGCCCUUGCCCUCGGUAGCUCUCUGGCCCUGAAGCUGCCUGAGACCCGGGGGCAGGUUCUGCAGUGAGGACGGGGGUCUCAGGUUUUAGGGAUGGGUGGCAGGCACACUGUGAGACCAAUAAUCCCUUUUAUCCCUUCCCUGCCCUGCCGUCCUGGUUCUCACUCCCCUGUGUUUGGUGUCUUAGUUGUGUGUGCCUGUGUGCAUGUGUGUGACCCUGACGGGCGGGGACUAUAGGGAAGGCCCCUCGUCCCACUUUCGGGAUGAGGCACUCCCCACCUGCUGCCACCCUCGACUUUGCACAGGAGAAGGCUGAGCUGCAUCCUCCUCUCCCCCAGUGUUACUGGGGUCCUUGUUUCCCUGUUCCAGGAUUCCAGAAUUUCUGCCUUCCCCUUCAUUCCCUCUGCCUAGGCCCUGGUGAACCACAGGUAUGGAGUUACGUUGGGGGCUGAGGCUUGGACCAAAAGGACUUCUUGAGUGGGAAGGUCCUUGGGUGCCCUCUAACCUCCCAAGGAUGCUGGAGAGUAGCAAUAAACCUCAGCCUCUGGCCUCCAUUUUCACCUCAAUGUAGGCUACAAAGGUGAAGCCUGGGUUUUAUGGGAUUAGUUUUCUGAUUCUUAUUUAUAUGUAAGUUCUGAGGCAGCUUAGCAGGAGUGUGUGUGUGUGUGUGUGUGUGUGUGCGUGCACGCACACACGAAUGUGCGAAUGUGUGCAUGUGUGCCAUGGGGCAGGAGUACCACUAUACUGUUCAAAUAAGCCAAGGGUAGUAGUUUCAGUGAAUACACAGACAACACUGUUUUUCUCUACUACUUCCCAGAAUCUUCUGCAUUGGAGCUGGGAGGGAGAAGCACUAGGCAGGUUGGGAUGAGUCCUGGAGGCACCUGACAAGGCCUCACUCUCCCUCCUUUAGAGGACCCACCCACCGGCCUCCCACCUGACCUGCCCUCACAGGCAGGGGCCAGAAGGGAAAAUAUCCAGGCUGAAGGUCAAACCAGCAGAUCCAAAAGCACAAGGAGUUGGGGCAGGGGCAGGAAGCAGGGGUCCCCCCUCACCCCUUUCCAAAGAGGUUGGGCAUGAGGGACCCCUAAUGCAGGGACCAGGAGCCUCGGUUUCCCCACCUCGCCCUUCCCUAGGUCAGCCUCUGUGGGUAGAGCUGCCCCCUCCUACCCUACUCUGUGUGACUGCUUUUCUUUGGUACUUUCUACCCACUCCCUCCGUAGCUGUGACGUGUUGUAGUUUUUAGCUGUUUGUAAAUGUUAAAAAAAAAGUUAAAAUAACCACAAAAGAGAAAACUCCAAUUCACCCUCCUCAUGCUUCGUCUGGUGCCCUCCACCCUAAGGCCAUUCCUUGAUUUGGUACCACUGAACCAGACGGUGACUGUUGAACCCCGGUGUCUGUACUCAAAGGACUGCCUUCUUCCUCCAGUGCCCAGUGUUCGAGUGUGUGCCCCUUCUCUCGCCAUCCCGUGGCUGGCCGUAGCCCUCUCCCUCCCUUACAUCCCCAGGGGAGACACAUCCACUUCCUUGUCUCCUGAGGAACCCUAAACCCGAUUCAUUGAUGUGAAAAAUGAAAUGAAAAAUACUGCUGAAAAAUAAAGGGUACAAAAUCCUUAAAGUUCAA